AUAUACGUUUUAAAUUUCGUAUAUUGAGGUUUAUAAAAAAUAUCAAAAAUCACACUCGCCAUACUCCUCAAUAAAUACCCCAACCACAAUUCCAUGAGCCCUCGCUCACUCUAUUCACAAUCACCCUUCAUUGCGAAAACAAGAAAAAAAGAAGGAUCUUGAAACACACAACAACAAAAAGAUCCGAAGAUUAUAGAAAAUAAAUACUAAUUAGUUCAUUUUCGAGGAUUUUGAAAAGAAUGGCGAUGAAAAAGGCAAACAAGCUAACACAAACGGCGAUGAUCAAGCAAAUUUUGAAGAGAUGCUCGAGCUUGGGUAAGAAACAGAGUAAUGAAUACAGCGAAGACGAAAACGGGCAUCCUCUUGACGUGCCUAAAGGUCAUUUCGUUGUCUAUGUUGGAGAGAAUCGGGUCAGGUACGUUGUCCCCAUUUCGCUUUUGACCCGACCAGAGUUCCAGCUUCUUCUCCAGCAAGCAGAGGAAGAGUUUGGUUUCGAUCACGAAAUGGGUCUCACUAUACCUUGUGAAGAAGUCGUCUUCCAAUCUCUCACCUCCAUGCUCGGAUGAACAUAACUUUUAGGGUUUUGCUUCUCUUUUUAAUAACAGAGAUAGCUGAUGAGUAAAUGUUUCUCUGUUUUAGCAGACUAAUUUUUAUAUGUUUUGGCUAGUACAUGGGUUUAGUGUUGUAUUAGACUGAGACCUAACCCUUAGAUAAACCCAAUGAGAAUGAUUUACUAUUCUUGGUUCUCUUUUCAGAUUUGUAAAAAAUAAAACAAAUUGCUGAUGAAGAUCAAUCGUUGUUGAAUGUGUACCCUGUGAGAGAGAUCUUAAUAUUUGAUGAAUGAGACUUUUAAUUUUCCAGAGCUCAGCUUCAUUUUAUUGGUGUGGUUUUUCUUUUGCAUAAAUUAAUGCAUUGCUGUGUAAUGUGAUUUAUGAAUCUGAGUCUCAGACCCAUGUUAAAAUCUUAGCUCAUUUCACAUUUUUCUAAAUAAAUCUCAUCAGUAAGAUAGUUUAGACCAACAAAAAAAAAAUAGCAGUAAGACAUAUGGUGGUUACUUUUUAGAUUUUUUUUUCUAUCUUUUCAAAAAUUUUUUUUUUUUUGACACGAAUCUUUUCAAAUUUCUUAAUGUUUCAAAAUUUCUCAUCUUUAUAUUUUGUAAAAACUCCCCAUGUAUUCUCUUUUUCUCUAUUAAAAAGAGACGAUGGUGUCUCUCUUAGAGCAUCUCCAAUGUAUAACUCCAUUUUUUCCUCUAAAUUGGAGUAAAAGUGAAAAUGGAGUAAAAUUGCUUCAUCCCUAUUCCAUUUUCCACUUCAUAAUGGAGUGAUGAAUAAAUAAAAAAUAGAUUACUUCAUUUAUGGAAUAAAUUUCAUUAUGGAGUGAGAUAUGGAGUUGGGUUGGAGCAUUCCUUACUCCAUAUUCACUUUUACUCCAUUUUUUCCAUUUUAGAGAAAAAAAUAGAGUAGGGUUGGAGAUGUCCUUAACCGGCGUUUUACGGCAGUUAAAACUGUUGAAAUAACUAAAAGAUAAAUAAAUUUACGUGGUAUGGGAUGUUAGUUGCAGGUUUUUACAGUAUAUAACUAUAUAUAGGGCUCUGCUAUGUUGAGACUCGGAAAACAUGUUUAAUGUUUGUCUUAAAUUAUGAUAGCAGAAGGUAUAAUAUCAAACCAAUUUGGAAUCACCUUUUCUUUCAAAAGCAAAGCGUACUUGUUCAAAAUCAUCUACUAUUUAGACUAUAAAGAGCAUAUCCGAUCUCUCACAAUCUCAAUAAAGAAACUAUAAAAAAACUAAAAAGAAUAAAAAAUAAGGUAAAAGAUGAGAAAUAUAACUUUGUUUUGGCAAGAAUGGUGAAGAUUUGUUCCACUUGUCCUUUAGCAAGUGGUUAUACUUUAUUGGAGCUUGAACAAAAGAAAAAAAAAAGAGAAACGUUAAAGAAAAGCCUAACUCUCUCUUGGACUUCAAGCUUUUUUUAUACAGCAGCUCUGGCGUCCAGCACCGGAGGCAUCAUCUCUCUCCUCGCCUCUUUCUGUUUUGCUUUUUCCCCGUCUCUCUAUUUUCUUCGUCUUGCUCUCGACUCUGGGUUUGGGUUUUAGUAGCUGCUCGAUGGACCCUUCUCACUUCAGAUUUCUUGAUGAUGUCACUUUUUUUGACUCUCUGCUUAGUGGCGACAGUUUUCUUUGUCGGAGUUUAACUCUAAUUUUUUUUGUUUGAUUGCUUCACCGUCGACACCGGUGGAUUACUUAACGAGUCACGGGAUCCGAUACUUCGGUUCUCAAAGUUGGCAAAAGGCGUCCUGAUUGUGGUCUUGGUCGCAACGUUGUCAUUUUUAAGUCAUGUUUCACGUCCCAGUACUGAUGGUAAAUCAUUUGGUUUGCCAUUAGUAGUGUUCUUGGCGGCUUUGUACAAGUCAUCAGAAUCUCUGGAUUAGUGUUCGGCGUCGAGAUCAGGCCUAACUUUGGCGACGAAGGUGUGGGUGUACAAUACAGUCGGGCUAUAAAAUACUCGGUUAGUGUCUUUUGCCCUCCCUCUCUUUCAGUUCGUCUGGAGCUUUAGUGUUGGGGAUGAUUAUGAGCUUAGACAAGUUCAUCGAGAGUUAGCUAUGCCAAAAACGACUCAGGAAAUCUUGGUAUCCGAGGCAAUGAGAUUUAUGCGGAUGGGAGCAGCUUAGGAAAACUCGUAUCGUUGAUCAAUUGUAUGAACCCCAGAAGUUUCUCAUGGGUUGAUGAUAGAUGAUAAUCUACAACACAUCGACACAAAGUGGUUGGUGGUGGACCUACUUCAAUUACUUGGACGGCUAGGAUACGACCAUAAUCUUGGCUUGUUUUGGACUUCGAGAUCACGAUAAGAUUGACCGUAUCGCCUAAUACACUCCUAAAAUAUGAAGGGCCCAAAUAUGAAUUGACGUGGAUUCACCUUCUCCUCACCGUACGGUAAUUAACAAACGGUCCGAGACUCUUCCGAUAGAAUCAAAUUGAUUCAAUCAUUGGAUAACUAAUCCAACACCGAUGACCAAAAAAAAAACUGAUCCAACCCCAAAAUUGGAUUAUAAACUACUAACUUAAAAAAACUACUAUUUAUAAAAAAAAAACUACUAACUUGACCUCUCCCCUUUUAAAAAAAAACUACUAUUUAUAAGUUUAACUUUUUUACCAAAAACUAAAACUACAAAUUUCAGGAAUGUUAACAUCUAAUUUAAUGAAAGUUUUGACCGGAUUUUAACUCCGAAAAGUUGUAAGUUGUAACUAAAAUAGUUUUAUUGAGAGUAGGUAGACUAUAUAUAUUAUGCCAUCUCCAACAAGGAAUUUUCUUUCGAAGAAUAUGAUUUAAGAAAAUAUUUAACGAACACUGUUUGUCGAGUUAUAUGGCUAAUGGUUAAUGAUCAUGUGCCCAGCCGUGGUAGCAGAGCAGAAUAGAGUUCACCUCGAGUGCAAUUUGGGUUGGCAGAAACCACAAGCUGAGAAGAUUAAAUGCAAAAUAGGAGCCUUUUGGUCUAGCACUGAUAAGGGUAUGUGGAGUGGCAUGGAUUGCUCGUAAUUAUGUAGGCGAGAUUCUGUUUCACGGGAGAUGAGUAUUCUCGUUGGCGGACACGUUGAGUUACUUGUGGGCUACGGAAUCAAUGAGCAACAUGAAACAAACCAGAAUUGUUUUUUUCUUUCUUUGUGAGGUCGAUUUUUAAAUUUAUUGAUUUUUGAACGUAUUUUAUACUUUUACUUGAAGUUCUGAUUACACGAUGAUGGUUGUUGCAAGCUACUUUUCGUCCAUGUUGAGGUUUAUCGAUGAUGGGCCUAUCGACCUAUAUUUCAACUAAACUGCAUAGUUCGACCUUAAUCACUUUGGGCUUAAAUAUGGACCAGGGAAUCAAAUCACUAAUUCAUUAAUUUGUUCCAGUUCUAUGUAACCAAUUCUUAAAGCUCAUAUGACGAUGAACCAAACUAAUCCUAACAAGAAACGGACCAAUAAGAAUCGAUAACACGUAAGCGUAAUGGUUUUCCUCAAUCAAAUCUGGACCGUUGAACAUGAUCCUAAUCGCACGUCUCCUCCUCCCUUAAAACACCUCCUCACUAUAAUCUUCUCUACUUUCUCUCUCUAAACUUUUAACAAACAUUCGAUCCCAUCAUCUCCGAUUCAAAGCCAUGGCUCGUACGAAGCAGACUGCGAGGAAAUCCACCGGAGGGAAAGCUCCGAGGAAGCAACUCGCCACCAAGGCUGCGAGGAAAUCAGCACCGACCACCGGAGGAGUCAAGAAGCCUCACCGUUACCGUCCCGGAACCGUCGCUCUCCGUGAGAUUCGUAAGUACCAGAAGAGCACUGAGCUACUGAUCCGUAAACUUCCUUUCCAGCGUCUUGUUCGUGAAAUCGCCCAGGAUUUCAAGGUCAAUCUUUUCUUUUUAUUCAUUCAAUCUUGUUUCUGAUUAAGCUUAAUGAUCUGUUUCUUUUGAUUGGGAUUAUGUAGACGGAUCUGAGAUUCCAGAGCCACGCAGUGUUGGCACUUCAGGAAGCUGCGGAGGCGUACUUGGUGGGUUUGUUCGAAGACACGAAUCUGUGUGCCAUUCACGCCAAGAGAGUCACCAUCAUGCCCAAAGACAUUCAAUUGGCUAGGCGCAUUCGUGGAGAGCGUGCUUAGAUUCCUAUAAUUCAUUUCAUGUCAUUGUCUAGCUUUUAACCACAAUGGUGCUUGUUAAACACUCUUUGAAUCAAGAACAUGUAUGAGUUUCAGAAGCUA